GCUCGUGGCUUCAACAAGAGAGUGAUGAAAGUAUAUACGACAUUUACCCUCCUGUAGAUAAUUUGGCGACAUUCGGAAUAUUGUUAUUGGUGGCAAAUAAUUGAGCAAAUCAAUUUAUCAGAUGGAUAAGAAGUGUAUGGAGAAAUUGGGCAAGAAGUGUUCAUGAAAUAACCAGAUUAAACAAAAUAUAAUUCUGGAACAGUUUGUUUAUUAAAAAAAUCGAUUUAUGGACUAACGAAAAACGCAAAAUUUGAUUCAAUGAAAAAUUAAAAUUUUGUUAGAUCCGAAAAUGAUGUUUGUAUUCCAAAUGUAUAGAUUAAAACAAAUUGUAUGUAUUGAUUUUUGUGGAUGAAUUACUUAUAUUAGGGACAGAUUCGUUAGAAAUUGAUAAUCUUAAAUAAAUUUUUAAUGCAAAUAUUUGCCUGAAAGAUUUGGUUAUCAUAUCUCAGUACUUUGGGAUUGAUGUGAAGCUAUUUCAGGAUGGAAUGUAUUUAUUUAAGUCAAGAAAAUUAUUAAAAAAAAGUUUUGGAAAAGUAUGGGAUGCAAGAUUGUAACUCUAUAUGUACACUGAUUGGUUUAAAUACAGAUGAUGAUUCUAAGAAUAUUGUAGGUCAUGGGAAAUUGCAGAAAAUGUGCAGGCAAAUAUUGGGGGCUCGAUGUAUGCAGUUCAAGGCUCAAGACCUAAUAUUUGUCAAAGUAUGUGUUUACUAAGUAGAUAUCAAGCGAACAAUAAUUUUCACCAAGCUAUAAAACGAAUUUUGAGGUAUAUUAAAGGAACUCUAAACUUGAAGUUGAGUUUCAGAAUUCAUGAGAAUAUCAAUGUCUUUUGUGGAUAUGUAUACUCUGAUUGGGGAGGUGAUGCACAAGAUAGAAAGUCAACUAUUAUGUAUUCAAGUGUUUCAAUCUCGUUGAUAGAAUCAGAGUAUAUUACUUUAAGUUUGGUAAUUUGCCAUGUUGGGAAAGGAAACUUUUGAAAUAUUUUUGUUUAUAAUAUAUAUAAGAUAAUCGGAAAUUAAGAUAGCUUAUAAUCCGGAGAAUAAUAGAAGAUUGAAAUACAUUGACAUUUGUUUUUGUAUUAUAAAAGAAAUGAAAAUGGUAUAAUCAGUAUUACGCAUAUUGGGAGUGUAAACCAACUUGCUAAUAUAUUCACAAAACCACUGCACAAAAUUAAAGUUGAAAAAUUCAGAAUUGGUAUAGGAUUAACUCUUCAAUGAUUUAUUUUUAAAUAUGUUGAAAUCAUACUGAAUAAAUUACACGUGCAAUUCAAUAACCAAGUAAUCUAAAAUCUAAUGAUCCUUAGCAGGAUCUUCACAUUCAGUCCUUUACUACUAAACAAUAGAAUGGGCUGUAAGAAAUUGGAUCUUUUUCCAUAUUUAAGCUACUCUUACAUCCAGCAAUUUCAAUGCUUUCAAAUUUCAACAAUUUAUUAUUGGAUACAUUUUUUAACAAUUUUACAUUAUUAAUAUUUAUGUCAUGAUUGUGACUGGUAGUAUUUGAAUGCAUUGGAUUUAUAUGAUGAUUUUUUGAAUCUUAUUAUUAUUUACGGCUAGUUUAGUAGAAUUGUUGAUGGGAUCUACCUUGUUUUUGCAGAAAGAUAUCCUAAUUGACCAAAUGCAAUUGGUGAUAUUGUAAGAAGAUUGCUCAAAAACUGCUGUCAGAUUGGCCAAUUUAAGAUGAACAUUAAUAAAACUAAAACACUAGUAGACAAUGAAGAUGUUCAGCCUCAACCCAAAUUUAUAAACUUUCCACUGGGCCCCACGCACAUGGGGUGUAGAUCCAAAGAAAAAUGAAGAAAAUUAUUUGAAAUAAAAAGUGGGAACAAACUAUGUUUUUUGUGUGUUCAUAGGCUCGCUUUGAGCCCGAGAGUAAGUUUACAACUAAAACUUUCCCCAGGACUAUUAGAGUGGAAGGAUAAGCGUGAUGUCUUGAUGCUUUCUACUAAGCAUGUCGUUGAGACAGUAAGCAUUAACAGACGAUCAGGAAGGGUUGUAUAACCUCAAGCCGUGGUCGAAUGAUACAAAGGUAAAGGAUUGGAAUAGAAAAAUUGCUAAUGAGUUGCUAUUUGGUACAGCAAUAGUGAAUGCCCAUAUUAUUUAUAAGAGAAUAACAAAAAAGAAUAUAUCGAUUACUGAUUUUUGAAUUAGUGUAGGCAAGGAAUUACUGAAAAAAGAAACUACGGAUGCUGUUGACCAAGAGACGCCAAAACAAAAAAAAACUAUUGCCUAGUGAAGAAAGAAGGUCCAAGUCACAAGGUGACAUAAGACCUGGCCGAUACGAAUAUGCAUUUGCUUACGCUCUACCCACAGAAAACAUUCCAUCUUCAUAUACUCACGAAUUUGGCUCUAUUCUGUAUCAUAUUGAAGCAUUAGUCGAUCGGCCAUUCGCUUUCGAUUAUCGAAAAGAUGUCACAUUACAUGUUGUCGUACCUGUUUCGUUAAUACAGAACAUGCUGCCAUUAAAGUACCAAGAAGAAAAAAGAGUAGGUUGUUGUUGUUGUAUUAGAGGUGUCAUAUCAUUGGAUAUCAUCCUAGAAAAAAAUACCUAUUUACUGGGAGAAACAGUGAGCUUCAAAAUACAUUUGGUUAAUGAAUCGGAUAUAGAAGUUGAAGGAUUAAAAAUAGAACUGACAAGGAAUGUGCAGUUCACAACUCAUAAACCUUCAACACAGUAUAAAGUUGAGAAGCAUCCCAUAGCCACUACCGAAAGGGGUGGUGUACGUUCUAAAGGCCAAAAAACUUAUAACAUCGACAUGACCAUUCCAGAAAAUACUGUAACUUAUAAUUUCUCGAAAUGCCUUCUAUUUAAGGAGUGGUUUGCAGUAAAUGUUACAGCAGCCUUGCCAGUAUUUUAUUCAAAUUUUUUCCUUGAGGCAGCUAUUGGAGUGGGUCACGUCAUUUUGAGAACGUCAAACCAAAUAGAAUCUUCGACAGUUCAAACAGAACCACAAAAUAACAUUACUCCAAUAGGACAAGCACCUCCAGAUAAUACCAAACAGCUUCCUCCAUCAUAUGACGAUGUAAUAAAACGGCGUUAACUAGUGUUUUCGUAAUUUAUCAAAUAACAAUCAUAAACUAUUAGGAAUAAAGACAAAAUUUCCAGUAAAACAAAAGUCGAAGAAAUGAAAGUACAGGAAGUGAAGUUACCAUAUAUACUGUGAAAGUUCUUUUAUUUUUUGUUUAAAAUAGGUCUCAAAUAAAUUAUUAAUUCCAA